CCGCGCAUGGCCUCCACUCUCUCUCUCUCAGCCUCUCUCCGUUAUAUUCUUCCCCCAACGCGUACACCCCACGCGCCGCUGAUCUCUCGUCUCCCGCUGCCGAGGCUCCAACCGCACCCGAUCAGAUCCCUCCGCGCGAAUCUCAAUCGCCCGAUCACCGCAUUGGGAUCGUCGCCGUCGUCAACGGCUGGGAUGGCGGGUCAGAAGAAGAAGGUGGAGGUGUUCGACUCGGAGGAGCACCUGGCGACGCAGCUUGCCAAGUACACCGCCGGACUGUCGGAGAAGUUCGCCGGAGAGAGAGGCGCCUUCACCGUCGUUUUGUCCGGCGGCUCACUCAUCAAGGCUCUCAGGAAACUGUGUGAGGCGCCGUAUUUGGAGUCGGUGGAAUGGGCCAAGUGGCAUGUGUUUUGGGUUGAUGAGAGAGUGGUGCCUAAGGAUCAUGAGGACAGUAAUUACAAGCUUGCUUAUGAUGGGUUUCUCUCUAAGGUACCGAUUCCCCCUGGCAAUGUCUAUGCCAUAAAUGAUGCACUGUCAGCUGAGGGUGCAGCAGAGGAUUAUGAGACUUGUCUCAAACAUUUGGUUACCAAUGGUGUGCUAGCUACUUCAAAAAUUAGUGGGUUUCCAAAGUUUGAUCUCAUGCUUUUGGGAAUGGGUCCAGAUGGACAUGUUGCUUCUCUAUUCCCUGGUCAUCCUCUUGUCAACGAGAAGGAGAAAUGGGUCACCUUUAUUAAGGACUCACCAAAACCACCACCGGAGAGGAUUACUUUCACCUUUCCAGUGAUCAACUCAUCUGCAUAUAAUGCAAUGGUAGUGAAUGGGGCUGGGAAAUCUGGCGCUGUGCAGACAGCUCUAGGAAAUAGUGAGAACUCUGAUCCUUUGCCUGCUCAAUUGGUUACGGCUGAAGAUGAAUUGACUUGGUUCUUAGAUAAGGAGGCUGCUUCAAAGCUAUAGAAAAGGAAAGUUUCCAUCUGCUAUAUAAGCACAAUGGAUAUCAUGUAAUGUGUGUUGCAGCAGUUUCACUGCUGGCUUUCUUGGCGACUGUAACAGUAUGAAGUGGUGAUCUUUUUUGGUCAUCCUGAUGGUGCAAUAAGAACUAAAAUAAAAUGGUUUGUUACAUUA